CAUUAUGAGUUAGAAUGAUAUUUUAGGUGAUGAUAUUUUCACCUAAAAUAUUUGGCAGCUUUUGGUAAGAUGUAAGAUGGAGUGUGUUCAUCAUGAUAACACCUGGAAGACUCAAGUUACAUUAUGUAUUUGUAAGCAAUAGGAAAAAGGAAUUGUGAGAUUUACUGUAGUUGAAAAUAAUACUCCUUUAAUUACCAUAAUUUAUGAUGCUAAGGGACAGUAUGGUGGCUCAGUGGUUAGCACUGCUGCCUCACAGUGCCAGGGACCCAAGUUCAAUUCAACGGAGUUUACACAUACUCCCCAUGUCUUUGUGAGGUCUCCUCCCAUAGCCCAAAGGUGUGCAGGUUAGGUGGAUUGGCCCUGGGAUAGGAUGGGGUUGGGUCUGCGUGGGAUAUGCUUUGGUGUGGGCUGGAUGGACUGCUUCCAUGUCACAGGGGUUCCAAGACUAUUUUCUGCUCCAUUCAGAUCAAGUUUGCAGCAUUCCAGGAUUUAGUUUGUUACAGUUAUGUUUUAAGUAGACAUUUAAACAAAUUCUGAGUACUAUUAACUUUGGCCCUCAUUUUGGAGUGUGAAAUGGCAGGAAAUCUAAAAUAAAAACAGGAAAUGCUGGAAAAACUCUGCUGAAGAAGAAUCAUAUCAGAGUUGAAACAUUAAUGCUUCUUUCUUGCUGUUGUCAUCAUUCUUCCAGGAAAACCAACAUUAAUUUAUAGAAUCUGUAGAAACAUAGAAUUCAUGAAGCAAUCCAGAAGCUGCUGUCCAUGAUUGUGUGCUUCUCUGAAGUUGUGUGAUUGAAGCACCUACACUCUACUAAAACUAGACUAUCAAUAUUCAAAAUCACUUGAAUUGGCAAGAACUUUUACAUUGUUAGUCUUACUAUGUAACAUGCCUUGAAAAAGAUCACUCCUUGUUAAAAGAGAGGUAAUGAGUUUUUAAACUACAGUCAGUUCCGCCAUAAUGUGUUAGUUCCCUUUUCAUUCAAUUCUGUGUUGUGGGAAAAUUGCAUAACUCAGUUUAAAUGAAUGGGUCCAGUAUCACAUUAUAACCAAUACGCCCUUUAAAACUCCAUGUCAAUUUGUCAAUCGUGUUAUAAUGAAACACACGUUAUAGGAGAAUGACCUCGUAUGCAGUAAACUAAUCAUUACUUCUAAACCCUUUUAUUAACUUUGAGACAAAAUUUGUAUUUAUAAAAUGUCAAAUUUCCCAUGAUGAUAAGGAAAUCCACAUUUACAUUUUUUUUCCAGGAAGUCUGCUUACUUUAAUUUUUAGCUUCUAUUGUAAUCCAAAUAUGAUCAUUUCUCAGAUUAUCCAAAGAUAUGAAUUAAAAGUGCACAAUAAUAUGUACUUUUCAUUUUCUGCUCUUAAUGAAUAUUUUAACAUGACGGCCUGCUUACCCGUUGGCUUACAUCACUGCUGCUGCAUUCCUAGGAAUUACCUUGACCUGACUCCUGAUUAAAACUGCUCUCUGCAAAGGGGGAAUUCAAGUGACUGAGAUUGCGAGGUCUUUGUGGGAAGCUGAGUCAGAACAUUUGGUGCUGGAAAAGGACUACAGGAGAUGACACUCCAGAUAUUCUGCGAGUAGAAAUGUCCUGUGGACAUGCUGUAGACCCUAAUUCACUUACUGCCUGGUGCCGGAGCCUUAUAGACCAGGGUCAUUUCAUAUUUCACUGUCCUGCUGCAAAGGAAUGCACUGAAGAGAAAUGUAACAAGCAAUGGCCUUACGUGGAGGUUCGCAGACAUGCACUGCUGACCAAUGAAGAACAGCAGUAUUUCGAAAAUAAAAUUGCCACAAUUGCUGCUGCACAGUAUUGUGAAUACAAAUGGUGCCCUGGAUGUGGAAGUUGUGUUGAACGAAAAGACCUAACAAACCUGUGUGUUUUUUGUAUCAUCUGUGAGAAAGAGAAGGGAAAAUCUUAUCAAUUCUGCUGGCAAUGUAUGAAAGAGUGGAAGGGAAGUGCACCACGCUCUGAUCGAUGUGACAAUGAAGGGUGCACCAACAUCCAACUGAAAACCCUGCAAAACUGUGGUACCAAGACUUUACCCUACAGCAAAAUUAAGCAAUGUCCCAAAAUUCGUGCCUGUCCUACAUGUGGGGUUCUCAUAGAGCAUAAAGAUAUGUGCAAAUUUGUCAUGUGUACUAGAUGUCAUGUGGAAUUUUGUUUUGCUUGCCUGCAGACUAAAAACAUUUGCAGCAAAUCAUCUUGUUAUCAUCAGGUUUGUGCUGUGGCUCCAAGACAAAGAAGGGUUCCUGUGUGGAGUCGUGUUUCAGAUUCACAACCAUCAAACUCAUCAGAUUCUACAAAUACUGAUGAAUCUUCCUGGUGUACAAUUAGUUAAGUAAAUACGCAGACUCUUAAGAUUGCAUGAAAUAUGAAAAUGAUAAUAAGUAAAUCAAUGUCACAGUACCUGGAUUUUACUUCUGCUGAUCAAUGUAAUUAUAUUGUGCAAAUUAUUGUGUUGGGGUAGCAUUAGGGUAUCGAAGAGUAAAACAAACAUCAAACCCAGGCUUUUAUUUUCCUGUUCUUCAUUUACAAAUAUUGUAAAUAGAUGUGGUUAUAGCUUUAUGAUUGUUUUGACACCAUAACAUAUGCAAUUGAGAUGUGUUUUUCAAAGAUUGCACUGUUCUUAUAUGAAUGCUUAAUGUGUUUGUGUUACAUUAGUCCAAGUGAUUUCUUCAUGUUUACUUAAAACAAACAAUUCAUUUUCCAUGCAAUAAGAUUAGAAAACAACUGAAGAUCAAUUGCUGUAGAACUAUGCCUGAAGAUGUUGUUAAUGUACUUACCUAUAAAAGGUUUCACAAUGUAUAUCAGAGGCUAUCAAUGUACUAAAAGAUGUUUAAAAAUUGCUGUUUUUUGGACUACUUUUCAUUAUAUUGCUCUGACUUUUCUUCAAUAUCUUCGUGAAAUUUAGUUUCUUGAAAUAAAAUGUAUAAGAGGAA